CCACCUCCCCAACCCCAGGAGAGAGCGCCUUGUGGGCCGGCGGCGGCGGAGGGGGCGUCUUCAAUGCGCGCCUCCUGCCUCCGUCCCUCUGCCCCGCUUCCCUCGGCGCCUGGCUUUGCGCUUUGUGGCAGCGGCGGCGUCUCCAGCAGGGCUCGACCCCAUGUCCCAGGUGAGCAGGACCCAGCCCCAAAGCCCGGCCGCCCACUCGCCCCAUGGAGAGCCCCCGGGAGCAGGAGGAGAAGACCCGUCGUCCCGAGCCACAGGUCAAGAUACAAACGUGUCUCCAUCCUCCAUGUCUAAUUCAGCGAUAGCAACAACAACUUUGGAUUCUUCAAACUCACCUCACAGCUCUCAAAAUCCAACCACAGAAGUGAAGGAAGAAGCUCCAUCACAAGAACAUUCAGCACCUCACAGAUCCAUGGUGAAUGGAAUGUCUUCUUCAAAGACAAAAUCUGAAGAUGGCUUUGCAACAGCAACAGAAGCUGUGACACGCCAGCCCCAGGGCCGGGUAACUGUCCGGAGCCCUCCAGCUUCAACUUACGUCCCUCUGCUGCAGAAUGGUGUUGGACCGGUUUCAGAUGAACUUGGCAGUUCAAAUGGCGAGGCUGGAAAUGGUGCCUUGUGUUCUGAACUCAGGUCACUCUCAGGCUCCCAGAAGCCUCAUCGGAAACUACAAUCACAUCACUCCAUCAACAGUCAGCUCAGCAAAAAGAGCAAAGGCAGCUCCAAAUCUGCAUCCUCUCAGAUUCCUACUGAAGCACAGGAAGAUUGCUGUGUCCACUGCAUCCUCUCCUGCCUCUUUUGUGAGUUCCUGACCCUCUGCAAUAUCAUGCUGGACUGUGCCACUUGCGGCUCCUGCAGCUCCGAGGAUUCUUGCAUCUGCUGCUGCUGCUGCGGCUCUGGGGAAUGCGCCGAUUGUGAUCUGCCCUGUGACAUGGACUGUGGCAUUAUAGAUGCAUGCUGUGAGUCAGCUGAUUGCCUGGAGAUCUGCAUGGAGUGCUGUGGCUUGUGCUUUUCUUCUUGAAACUGGGAGCCAGAUCGUCUUCCUUGAACACAGGUGUUCUAGCCAUGAACUGGGUACAGGAGGGAGAGACCUUGGCCAUGAUCUCUCUAUUAUUCUCUCCUGCUAUCAAAUGACAAGGCCCAUAGAAGCUAAGUUUAGAGCAGGAGAUGAGCCCAGCAUGGAUUCAUCUGGAACAAAAAUCCUGCUUUUUACCAGACUGACACAAAAGAUUUGCAGGACUCUUGAAGUUCACAUAGUGGAUAUGUUCCCUGUCUGUAUCUCUCUCUUCCCUUCUCACCAGAUUCUUCCUAAUGGAAGCUGGCAAAUAACAGUGUUCCUGCUGCCUGAGCCAAGAGCAGGGAAGGAAUAGCUGCACAGCCAGCUUUGCUGCUUGACAAGGAUCUGGUGCAUCCACACAGGGCCAAAGAUUACCUUCAAGCUAUGCUGCCAGUGUUUUAGUAUGCCAGUAAGCUAUGCCAUCUACUGGGCAACAAGUCCAGCCACCAGCGUCCAGCUACUAGAGGAGUUUUUCUAGCUCUGGUGUGUUACUGGCUGCCGAAAGUGCCUUAAAUGUAGUAGUGCUGCCAAUUAGUUGGCAGUUGUGCUGGUUGCUGACUGGCUCUUGAGCCCCUUGGCGCCCAAAGAAAUGGCAGCUGGCCUAGUGUGCCAAGAAGGAAUGCUUUUACACAGCUGCUGUGGGCCAAUCCCUGUCACUGUAGAUGCAGCUGAGUUCUUCCAGUGGUGUGAUGAAAAGAAGCCAGAUACCCAGAACAGCCUUUAACCCAGUGAGAAAAAGGACUGGAGAGGCUUCCCUGGGAGCUGGCAUGUUCUCUGAACCCUUCAAAAGGAACCAUAUCUCAUCUCUGCCCCACUUCUUCCUCCAUCUCUGAGUCAUCCUUUUGGAUAUUGGUGGUGAGAUUGGAUAGUUCUCCAAAAGCCAAAAACACAGCACUCUCUACUGCAAGAUAUGCUUAUUCAAGGGCCUCUUGGCCAUUCUGCUGCCUGCCAGAGAUAUCAAGAUGCUGUUUAAUAGGCUGGGGGUGUAUCAUAUUGGUGUGGUAAAGACAAGAGAAGCUGCCACUCUUUAUCUUCUCCCCACAACAGACAAAAUGCUAAGCCUGGCUCAAAGCCACAAGUCAGUUUCAUCUCCUCUUAGCAAGAUAUUGGACACUGAUGUGACAGCAUUCCAAGUGAGCCAUCCAACUUGGUAGAAUGCCUUGGACCAGGAGGUGGGACAACUUGUACCAACAGAAACAUGAGCAGGCCUACCAUACCGAGUCCCCCGGAUUCCUUUUAAUAUGGGAACGGUUUGUAUUUUGUUCAUUCUUAUUUGUUACUGUAAAUAAAGAUUUUUUUCAUUUC